UGACCAAAGAAAAACAAAUUCAACAUGGAUGAUUAGUGUUUCAAUCUCUUCCCCGAGUAUCAUCCAUGCAUAGAACCAAAUCCAACCUCAUUUCCUACUACUUUUCACUUCUUCAUUCUUCCCCUCACCUUUCACAUCUCCGCCACCUCCAUGCUCGCUUGCUUCGUACCUCUCUUUACAACAAUGUCAUCCUAACUACCAAGCUCGUUUUGAUGUACUCUAAACACCACCAACUCCAUUCUCACUCUCUCUCCCUCUUCUUUCACAUGCCCCACAGGAACAUCUUCUCUUGGAAUAUAAUUCUCCGCGAGUUUUCUCGCUCUAAUUUCCCCCACAAAUCCCUUCAAUUGUUUCACCAUAUGUGGGAACAAUCAAAUGUUCGACCCGAUGACUUCACUCUCCCGCUUGUUUUAAGAGCAUGUGCCAUUUUAGGAGACCUAAAACUCGGCCUUUCGGUUCAUGGGUUGUGUCACAAAUUGGGUUUCGAAAGGAGUUUGUUUGUUGCUUCUGCUUUGGUCUUUUUCUAUGUUACUUUUGGGAGGAUUUUUUACGCGAGAGAAGUGUUCGAUGAAAUGCCUGAUAAAGAUUCGGUUCUUUGGACUGCCAUGUUGGCUGGGUAUGCUCAACAUGCGGAACCCAUUUUGGCUUUACAAGUUUUCCGGGAGAUGGUUGGUUCAGAAGUUGAGCUCGAUGACGUGGUCAUGGUGAGCUUGCUUCUGGCGUGUACUCAAUCGGGAUGGUUGAAACAUGGGAAGAGUGUUCAUGCUUGGUGUUUGAGGAGGUUCUCUUUAAGAUUGGGAUUGAAUUUAGGCAAUGCUGUGAUUGAUAUGUAUGUAAAAUGUUCGAAAUUAUGUUAUGGGAAUAUAGUUUUUGAUAAUAUGGAUGAAAAAGAUGUGAUUUCUUGGAGCUCUUUGAUUUUGGGGUACGGAUUGAGUGGAAGUGUAAAUAUUGCUUUGGAGCUCUUUCAUCGGAUGCGUGAGGAAGGGUUUAAACCCAAUGAUGUUACAUUUCUUGGUGUUCUGUCUGCGUGUGCUCAUGGUGGUUUGGUGGAGAAAGCGCGUUUGUAUUUUAAAAUGAUGGAAGAUUUAGAUGUGAAGGCAGACUUGAAACACUAUGCCAGUAUGGUUGAUUGCUUAGCGAGGGCGGGGCUUUUGAAGGAGGCUGAAAGGUUUAUUGAAGAAAUGCCGGUGGAACCGGAUGCAGCUUUGCUUGGUGCUAUUCUUGGUGGGUGUCGAGUUCAUAAUGAUAUUGUGAUUGGAGAACGCAUUGCCAGGAAAUUAAUAAGGUUGCAGCCAGAGAAAGCUGGAUAUUACGUACUCUUAUCAAACAUGUAUGCAGCCGCAGGGAGAUUUGAUGAGGCUGAGAAAGUGAGGAUCGUGAUGAAAGAAAGAAAUGUCUCUAAGGUGCCUGGUUGUAGUUUGAUUGAAUCGAAAAAUAGUUUCGUUUUUCCCACAAGAUAGUGAAGCUCAAGAUGGUUCUCCUGAAAAUGAGAUAAAGAUGAUGAGAAAAAAAUUAUUAUGUCUUGAUGGGAAAUAGAGACUAGAGAGCAAAUUUGCUUAGAAAUCAUGUAAAAUUGACAUUGGAGAUCUCCAUUUGCUUAGGUGGAAAGGAAGUAGAGAGUCAAUUUGCUUUUUGAUGAUGACAAUAAUCUUGAAGGUAGCAGAAAAGAAACUUUGGAGGCAAAUGCGGCAGAGCUCUUGGAUAAGGUUUGAUGGAUUUUGAUGUUACAACAGUGGCUCUUGAAAAAGAGGUGAAGAUAGUGAGGAAAAUUUUAUUCUCCCUUUGGUGGAAAACAGACUGCAGAGGAAUCUGAUCUUGAAUGUCUUCAUUUGCUUUGGUGGAAAGGAACUACAUGGUUAAUUUGCAUUUUGAUGAUGAUGAAAAUAAUAUUUAAGGUGCUCCAUUUGCAUUGGUGGAAAAGAAACUGAGAAAAUGCACCAACGCUCUUGGUCAUGGAUGAGUUUAUGGGUUAUGUUAGCGGCACAAUCAGCACGUAGAGGCGGCCAUUUAUGUAAAAAUAAUUUUACUUGUAUGGUCCAGGGUAAUUGUUUUAUGUUUUCCAAAUGUUGCAGGAUUUGGCAGCAACUCCAAUUUUGAACUCAGAAUUACUAAGUAAAGA